AUGAGCGGUCCUGUUACAAUUCAACCUGGACACAAACUCCUUCCUGCUAAUGCAGAAUGGAGCACUGAAUUGUUCGCAUCGUGCAGGAUUAUAUAUUGCAUCUGUAAAUCAUGGUGCGCUGGCCGAUUGCACAAACGUGCAGGUGAAAGUUUUCUUGGAUGCCUAGUUCCGGGUGCCACACAAGCACUUCGAACAAAGAUUCGAAUGGCCUAUGGCAUCAAGGGUACGCUUGUCAGCGACUGGCUGUCGUCAUGCUGCUGUCCGUGUUCAUUAUUGCAAAUGAAGAAAGAGCUCGAUCGUCAAGGUGUGCCAGAUCCAUAUGCCAAGUAG